AUGGUUCCACACAUGUCUAUGUGGAUGCUAUUUGGCCUUGCCACAUCGCCACUAGCAGACGCGCAUAUCCAUAUUGCAAAGCCAGUGCCGUAUGGCUUAUCGGCAUUGGGUCACGACCUGAAAGCACCAAUUUCGGACGACCUAAGUUUCCCUUGCCACAACAAUUUUAACUUUUCUGGGGAAGUGCCAGAGAUGGUGGUUGGUGAGGAUCAGCAACUGGUUUUUUACCCGCAGAUCGACGAGGACGGCUAUGAUGAACCAGCUGUUCACGGUGGAGGCACCUGCCAGCUCAGCAUAACUCUUGACGUCCCUCCGACUAGCCAAUCCACUUUCAAAGUCAUCAAAACCAUCGAAGGAGGCUGCCCAGGGCUUAGCAAUGAGGAUGGAACCACCCGUGCCGUUAACAGCUUCACCUAUCAAAUCCCGAAAAUUGCUCUCAAUGGACAACAGACCCUCGUCUGGACCUGGUUUCCUGUUAUGAGCAGCGAUCCCGAGAUGUACAUGAACUGUGCCCCUAUUAAUGUUUCUGGGGGCACGCAGGACACGAGCGCUUUCGACCAGUUGCCGGACAUGCUUGUCGCAAAUUACGACAGAGAAGGGAUCAAGGCAGCAAAAUUGCAAGCAAAGGAGUAUCCAGCAUCCGGGCCUUGCAUGAAACCAGAGGGCGAUAACGGGAAGUCAGUCAUGGUUGUGCCAGAUCCUGGAGAAGUACUCGAGAGAGGAGAAAAGAAUACGCUGUACGCUACUGUUACUGCAACUGGGCAAUGUGGGAAGACGGCAUCCGGAGGAGCAGCUACGGUGGGUUCCGCUUCAGCUGAAUCUUCCACCCCACAACCGCUUGUUACCAGCACUCCUGCUGUGGUCGCCAUUGCCGCUGGAGGUGGGUUCAUAGAGACCGCCGCGGAGGUCUCUGAAGCAGCAGCAGCAGAAGCUCCGUCGACUACCUUCGCUACGACGACCGUGGCGCCCCCUCAGUCAUCUGGCAACGCAGUCGCUGCAGCAAACCAAGCCAGCACGCCAGCUAGCGCCACCCCGACCAACGGUUCCGACAACAGCCAGUGCACGGGCUCGAACAACGGCCAGCUUGUCUGUAACGGCACAACACACUUUGGUAUUUGCAAUUGGGGAAAGGUUGUAUGGCAGUCGGUCGCGGAUGGGACGGUCUGCGAGAAUGGCACGAUCAAGGCGGCAAACAACGCGCGAGCCGUGGCGGAGGUGAAACUGAAGAGGGCUCAUGGCCAUGCUCAUGAGCGUUUGUCGCCUGUGGGACGUCAAUUUCACGCCUGA